GGCAGGAAUAAGGAACGAAACUGAAGUGGCAUUAUUCAAAUAUGGUGUAAAUUGCAUGUGCCAAUGAGAUUAUCGGUGUGUCAUGUUAAAAUUUAGUCGAUGAUUUCUUGUGAGGUCAAAGGUUAAAGUACAAUAUAAAGUUGAAGACAUAAGUGAGCUCGAGUUCUCUUAUUGAACGUACAAUGUUCAAGAAUGUUGUAGGGCUAGUAACAGGAGGUGCCUCAGGACUUGGCCGAGCAACAGUCGAACGACUGGUGAAAGAAGGAGGACGAGUUGUGUUAUGUGACCUUCAGUCUUCUUCUGGACAUGAAGUUGAAAAAGAGCUUGGAAAGAACGUUAUUUUUGUACCAACUGAUGUGGCAUCUGAAAAUGAUGUUGUAAAUGCCCUCCAAGUUGCUAAGAAAGAAUUUGGGCAACUUAAUGUGGCUGUCAACUGUGCUGGAAUUGGAAUUGCUUUCAAGACAUACAACUUCAAUAAGAAAACUCCACAUGUGUUACAAGAUUUCACAAAAGUGCUCAUGGUGAAUACUGUUGGAACAUUCAAUGUAAUACGUUUGACCGCCGGUUUGAUGGGUGAAAACGAACCAAAUCAAGAUGGUGAACGAGGUGUUAUCAUUAAUACUGCAAGUGUGGCAGCCUUUGAUGGUCAAAUGGGGCAGGCAGCAUACUCUGCUAGCAAGGGAGCUAUUGUUAGUAUGACUCUUCCCAUUGCUCGUGACUUGGCUGAUCAAGGAAUCCGAGUUUGCACCAUAGCACCAGGCCUGUUUGAUACACCACUGCUUUCUUCAUUACCAGAUAAAGUUCGCCAUUUUUUGGAAAAAUCUAUCCCUUUUCCAAAAAGAUUGGGUAAACCUGAUGAGUUUGCUCUCUUGGUUCAGAGCAUCAUUCAAAAUCCGUUACUAAAUGGAGAGGUUAUAAGACUGGAUGGCGCCUUACGCAUGCAGCCAUAAGAGUGAAAAAUGAGAAUGUGGAAUUUUUAAUUAGUAUAGCUGGAUUCCUGGGUGUCUGUCAUGCGGUUUUCCAAGAACUCUUAUUUUGAAAAUGACCUGUUUCUGAAACACAUCCUUUUUUAAAUACUAGAUGCUGGAUGAAGUUCUGAAAUUCAGCAUUACUAAUUGUAAUAUACCACUUUCAGAGCCUUUUUGAAUUGUUUUGUGAAAUUUCUAAUUUUUAAUGCUGCAGUACAUUUGUUAGCAAUCAAGAAAUUUGAAUAAAUGUUAAUUAAUUGUAUGUAGUUGAA